AUCAAACAAGGUAGCUUCCAACGCUCUCUCAAAAUAUCGACCCAAGAUUAUUAUUAAUUAUUAUAGCUAGUUAGGCGCGCUAGUGAGUGUGAUUCGUGAGAGCAAUUGCAAGUAGGGAGCGCCAUCGCUAUUAGAAAUGCAAGUCAACACUAACAACGUCGAGUCCGUGAUUCGUGAUGUGUAACUGGCAAUAACGGUAAUCCCUGUAAUUCUCCAGUAAUUUGGGGCCGCUAUAUAAAGUUUACACUCGAUUUUAUAAAAAGGACUUUCAGACUUGAGGCAGAAGCCGUGCAGUGAAGAAGGCGAAUAGCGAAGUGCGUAAUAAAGAUUGGAAAAAUGCUGCAGUACCAUUUGCGAUCGUUUAGGAGGUUUUUGAUCGCGUUGUUUCUGUUCUCUACGCUAAUGAUUCUCGUGAACACAACAGUCUUCUUCGGCGAUACUGUUUUCUCGUCGGUGGCAUCAUUAAACCCCAACCAGACUACCGACAAAACGGAAAACACCGGCAUCAAUUAUAAAAAGACCGUCGUUAACAACCGAAAGUUACGUCAACUGAGAUUCAGCCCAGCGAAACGUUUUAUUCGUCGACCUUGGCCAAACACACCGGAUUGUUCCAACUUCACCAUCAGACGGACGAUGACAAACAGUUUACCACCGGUGGCUCUCGCUAGUUUUCCCGGUAGUGGAAACACUUGGGUCCGCGGUCUAAUUGAAGCAGCCUCGGGGAUUUAUACCGGAAGUAUAUACAAAGAUGCCAAUCUUUAUCUUCACGGUUUUUGGGGUGAGCUUGCAGACUGGAACGCUGGCGUGACAGUUGCGCAGAAAACUCACGAUUCCGGUGCAGAUCACGUCCGAUCUUUUUCGGGAGGCCGAAGUAUUUUCCUCAACCGCAAUCCUUACGAAGCCAUUUUGUCGUUUCAUAACUUCCUUUAUGGUGGCCACGUUGGACAUGCCUCGUCGGCCAAUUUCCGUCGAUCUGAAUGGCCGGAUUUCUUGAUGGAUCAAACAAGACGGUGGCUCAGCACCGCCGUUAACUGGACCCAAUAUUCAACGGAGCUGCUGAGCAUUCAUUACGAGGACCUCAGAAAGGACCCACGACCGCAGCUGCGUCUCAUCUUAGAAUUUCUGCAGCUUCCGGUCGACGAAAGACGAUUGGACUGCAUAGAGAAAUAUCCGCCAAAGAAAUUCCAUCGAAAAAACCGAUUAGGCGAAGAGCUGGAUGAAAAGGCAAUCUUUCCCGAGCGGAUGAGACAUGUUUUAGAUCGAGCAAUUCGAUACGUCGACUAUCUCACUCAACAGACGGGCAAUCGGGGUUUACCGCUUGACAACUACAGCUAUUACAACCAGUCCAGCUGGAAAGGAUCUCAGCCGGCUAGGACAGUGCCAAAUCAAACGUGGAUCGAGUGGAUCUCGGAUCAAUGGGGCUUCAGGGUCGAGUCUCUGCUGAAAGACCCGCUGACCCAGAUGCUUCGAGACGAAGCCGAAGCGAACAUUUUCUAUAGCUGGAAUAUUCCAUUCGCAUCCGCCUUUAACGAAUCGAAAGAACUGGAGCGGGACUUCAACUCCGGGCCACCGCUUUUUAUCCAGCAGUUUCGGCACGCAAAAUUUCCACCCAAAUGAUCCACUCGAAGUGAAUGUCACGGAGAACCCUCUCUUCCUGUAUUGCCUAAUGCCUACCUCACUGCAGUACUUUCGUGAUGGAGAAUUGAUUGAAUUACCCCAAGAGAAAAAAAAAAGUGCUCCCCAACUCUAUUGCGCAAAAGCCGACGAAUGAAAUAAGAAAUAACCUAAUGAGUGUAUGAUUCGAUUUUUUUUUUUUUUUUUUUUUGUGACGG